ACUCACAGACAAACUGCUCCGGGACUGAGGUGACAGAGCGCGAGUGGGAGAGUCCACAUACCCAGCCCGCAGAAACUUCUUCAGAGAUGAACUUUACUUAUACAGAGGGAAACCUAUCAAGAGCCUCAUCAAAUACAGCACAAGAGAUUAUAUUGGAUCAAGGUCUUGCUGUUUAAGCCCCUUGCUUCUGAACAGAGUCACCCGUGUCAGAAUUGCCGAUAUGACCACUAAAGCGCCACCACCUUCUUACCCCAUACCAACAUUACCAUGGUAACGGUGUCAAAUAAUAAGAACCCAGAGGACCUGGUUUAUAUAGUCCUCGAGGUGGCUAUUGCAGUUCUGUCCAUUCUUGGCAACGUGCUGGUGUGCUGGGCUGUGUGCAUCAACAGCAACCUUCAAAACGCCACCAAUUAUUUUGUGGUAUCUUUGGCUGCUGCAGACAUUGCUGUGGGAGUUCUUGCCAUCCCUUUUUCCAUUGCAAUUAGUACCGGAUUUUGUGCAACAUUUCACGCUUGCCUAUUUAUUGCGUGUUUUGUUUUGGUGCUGACCCAGAGUUCCAUCUUCAGCCUUCUUGCAAUUGCUGCUGAUCGCUACAUUGCCAUCCGAAUCCCACUUAGAUAUAACAGCUUGGUGACCAGUAGGAGAGCGAAUGCUAUUAUUGCAGUUUGUUGGCUGCUGUCCUUUGUUAUUGGACUUACUCCCUUGCUGGGUUGGCACAAAGAGGUUCCUCCAACUGGGAACACAACUUGCCGCUCUCCUAUGAUAGAGUGCCUUUUCGAAAAUGUGGUAACCAUGGAUUAUAUGGUAUUUUAUAAUUUCUUUGCCUGUGUAUUGGUACCCUUAUUGCUGAUGCUUGGCAUCUACCUGCGGAUUUUUAUGGCAGCAAGGCAUCAACUGAAGCAGAUGAAAAUGAAAGUGACAUGUGGAGAACGCUCUCGUUCCACGCUGCAGCGGGAGGUCCAUGCUGCCAAGUCUUUGGCUAUCAUUGUGGGGCUAUUUGCUUUGUGUUGGCUGCCGUUACACAUCAUCAACUGUUUCACCUUAUUUUGUAAAGCCUGUGACCGUCCACCACUCUGGAUUAUGUACAUUGCUAUCCUACUUUCCCAUGCCAACUCUGUAGUGAAUCCACUCAUCUAUGCAUAUCGCAUUCGGGAGUUCCGCAACACUUUUAGAAAGAUCCUACGUCAGCAUUUGUUUGGUCAGGGGCAACCUUUAAAGACUAGGACCGCCAGUGCAAAAUCAUUGACGUACUAUGGAGUAGAUGAGGAGACGGGGAUCACCCAGGUUCGUUUCAGUAGCUGCAAUCUGGGAACUCACACCAAUGGAAGCGUGUGUAAAUUAAAGGAGGAGAGACGUCAAAAUGGGUGCCCAUCCCAACACCAAGAGAAAAGGACAGGUAGUUCUAGGUAUUCUGGUCAAAAAAAGGAGAUGAUGGAGAUUUCCUGACUGGGGUAGCUGUUGGAAAACUCAGACUGACCCUUUGACUUUGCCUCUGGCCUGAGAUGGACUUGGUCGAGCAGCCAAAUGUUGUUUGUAAAUCUAAUGAGAGUUUUAUUUAUAUAAUUUUACAAGUCAUUAUGGUAUUAUCCAGAAGACCUGUCACUGUGUUCCAAAUGAGGCAGAUAUGAGCCGAACAGAAUUCCUGUAUCACAUAUUGGACCUGGUGCUGAACUCUCUCAUUUGUUUUAUUGUUUCUUUUCCCCCACACUGUAUACUUGUUUUUUAAUAUUGUGUAUUAAAUAUGUUCUCCA